AUGCCGUCGCACACUGCUUCUGCUAUAUUCACAAAGACCGUUCCGGUCUCCCACGAUCUGGCGAUAGGCGGCUACUCCGCCACCAGCAGUUAUGCCAACGGCGUGUACAUCAAAUCAGCAAGAUUCGUUGCCGGGGGCCGUCGCUGGUACCUACGGUACUACCCUAACGGCUGCUGCUCGUACGACAACAAAUGCGUAACAUUCUUACUAUACCAUGAUCGUGAAUACGGCGUGGACGAAGACAAAGUGACAGUGAACUACAAAGUUUCCUUGGUUGGCCCCGUCGUCGCUAAUUACCCAAGAGUUGCUCAAAGCCUAAACAUGAUCUAUGGAGAUCCAUCAAGUGACGAAACCACCGGACUCAUCAGCAGAACGAUCCUGGAGCGCUCGAGUUACCUCAGCAACGAUGCCUUCAGCGUCAGGUGCGAGUUCCGCGUGCCCGUAAACUCCGCGGAGACCGUCCCGCUGCCGACCGAGGAGCCACCGCCAAGCAGUCCGACUCCGAAUCAUGAACAUGCCGAGGCUCUUAUCCGCUUCGUCACCAACGACGUGCCGACGGACGUGACCCUCGAGGUUGGCGGUGAGACCUUCUGGGCGCACAGGCGUUUCCUCGCCGCUCAGUCCUCGGUGUUCGCGGCAUUAUUCACUGGGCCGAUGAGGGAGAACACCGCCCCUUCUGUCCGGAUCGACGACAUGGAACCACUUGUGUUCAAGGCUAUGCUCGACUUCAUCUACACGGGCAACCUGCCACCACCUCCCGAGGACCUCGAGGGCGACAACCAAAUUGCCAUGACUCAGCACCUUCUUGUGGCGGCGGAUAGGUACGACCUCCAGAGGCUCAAGUCCAUCUGUGCGGAGAAGCUACGCGCUUACAUUGACAUGAGUACGGUGGCUACUACUCUCGACCUGGCUCAGCGACACCGUUGCCACGAGCUCAAGGACGCAUGCUUUGAUUUCCUUGCUCAGACCAAAGGCAAUCUCAAAGCAAUUCUCAAGAGCGACGGCUUUGAGCAACUCAUCACCGAUUACCCCUUAGUUAUAGUGGAGCUAUUAGCCCGGGUUGCUCCCUUACCUCGUUGA